CGGCAAGCCCCAGCCCUGAGACUGGACCGUCAGCGGAGCCGGGCAGCACCUCCGCCGCUUCGCCCCGCCGGACGUCCCCGCCUCCUCCACUCUCAGCCUCCGCUGGAGAGACCCCCAGCCCCACCAUUCAGCGCGCAAGAUAUCCUCCAGAUAUGCCCUGCGUGCAAGCCCAGUAUAGCCCUUCACCGCCAGGUUCCAGUUAUGCAGCACAGACAUAUGGCUCGGAAUACACCACGGAGAUCAUGAAUCCUGAUUACUCCAAGCUGACCAUGGACCUCGGCAGCACCGAGAUCACGGCCACGGCUACCACGUCCCUGCCCAGCUUCAGUACCUUCAUGGAGGGCUACUCGAGCAACUACGAACUCAAGCCCUCCUGCCUGUACCAAAUGCAGCCGUCGGGGCCCCGGCCUUUGAUCAAGAUGGAGGAGGGCCGUGCGCACGGCUACCACCAUCACCACCAUGACCACCACCACCACCACCACCACCAGCAGCAGCCAUCCAUUCCGCCCCCCUCCGGCCCGGAGGACGAGGUGCUGCCCAGUACCUCCAUGUACUUUAAGCAGUCCCCGCCAUCCACCCCGACCACGCCGGGCUUCCCCCAGCAGGCGGGGGCGAUGUGGGAGGACACGCUGUCCUCGGCACAGGGCUGCAUCGCACCCGGCCCGUUGCUCGACCAGCCGAUGAAGGCGGUGCCCACGGUGGCAGGAGCGCGCUUCCCGCUCUUCCCCUUCAAGCCCUCGCCGCCGCACCCGCCCGCGCCCAGCCCCGCAGGCGGCCACCACCUCGGCUAUGACCCGACGGCCGCCGCCGCGCUGAGCCUGCCGCUGGGAGCCGCCGCCGCCGCUGCCGCGGGCAGCCAGGCAGCCGCGCUCGAGGGCCACCCUUAUGGGCUGCCGCUGGCCAAGAGGGCGGCCGCGCUGGCCUUCCCGCCGCUCGGCCUCACGGCCUCCCCCACCGCAUCCAACUUGCUGGGCGAGAGCCCCAGCCUGCCGUCACCACCCAACAGGAGCUCGGCGUCGGGCGAGGGCACGUGCGCCGUGUGCGGGGACAACGCCGCCUGCCAGCACUACGGUGUGCGCACCUGCGAGGGCUGCAAGGGCUUCUUUAAGAGAACAGUGCAGAAAAAUGCAAAAUAUGUUUGCCUGGCAAAUAAAAACUGCCCUGUAGACAAGAGACGUCGAAACCGAUGUCAGUACUGUCGAUUUCAGAAGUGUCUCAGUGUCGGAAUGGUUAAAGAAGUCGUCCGUACAGAUAGUCUGAAAGGGAGGAGAGGUCGGCUGCCUUCCAAACCAAAGAGCCCAUUACAGCAGGAAGCCUCUCAGCCCUCUCCACCUUCUCCUCCAAUCUGUAUGAUGAAUGCCCUCGUCCGAGCUUUAACAGACUCAACGCCCAGAGAUCUCGAUUAUUCCAGAUACUGUCCCACUGACCAGGCCGCUGCAGGCACAGAUGCCGAGCAUGUACAACAGUUCUACAACCUUCUAACAGCCUCCAUUGAUGUAUCUAGAAGCUGGGCAGAAAAGAUUCCUGGAUUUACUGAUCUCCCCAAAGAAGAUCAGACAUUACUUAUAGAAUCAGCCUUUUUGGAGCUGUUUGUUCUCAGACUUUCCAUCAGGUCAAACACUGCUGAAGAUAAGUUUGUGUUCUGCAAUGGACUUGUCCUGCAUCGACUUCAGUGCCUUCGUGGAUUUGGGGAGUGGCUCGACUCCAUUAAAGACUUUUCCUUAAGUUUGCAGAGCCUGAACCUUGAUAUCCAAGCCUUAGCCUGCCUGUCAGCACUGAGCAUGAUCACAGAACGACAUGGGUUAAAAGAACCAAAGAGAGUGGAGGAGCUAUGCAACAAGAUCACAAGCAGCUUAAAAGAGCAUCAGAGUAAGGGACAAGCUUUGGAGCCCACUGAGCCCAAGGUCCUACGUGCCCUGGUAGAACUGCGGAAGAUCUGCACCCUGGGCCUCCAGCGCAUCUUCUACCUGAAGCUGGAAGACUUGGUGUCUCCACCUUCCAUCAUUGACAAGCUCUUCCUGGAUACCCUGCCUUUCUGAGCAGGAGCAGCCUGAGCAGGGAGCUGCCUUAUCCGCUAGCAGCCGCUUGCUAAGCAGCAGAGGGAUGGGUCUGGACACCUACCAUUUUCUGUCCUUCCUUAAGAGAAAAAGCAAGCUCCUGUAGAAAUGAAAGACUUUUUUUUUUUUUUUUCUGGCACUUUUCCUUACAACUGAAAGCCAGAAAACUUGCAGAGUAUUGU